AUGAACGCCGGAAGUUCCUCUUCCUACGAACAACCAACUGUUAAAGCUACAAAAUUCAGGAACGUUUUAUCCAUAAAUAACGCCGAUAGCGUAGAUGAUAUACACGCAAUAAUCGUGAACGAUUCCGAUGAUUCAAAUCUCCUUUCAUCAGUGCGUAGAAGAGUCCAAAUAAGCUCGGAGAAAAUCACGACGGGAUCUCUCAACGUGCUGUCGGCCAAAUACGAAAGUUUGGAUUACGACACCUGCGAGAAUCAUCUGCUACUCGACGAAGAACGGAAAAAGGGCUACAAAUAUAUCAUCAGAAAAUCCAUAUCGAGAUGGCUGGUGUUCCUGUUGAUCGGCAUGUGUACGGCCCUCAUAGCAUGCUUGAUCGAUAUAUCGAUCGAGGAACUGUCGGUUAUCAAAUAUGCAUCGUUGAGCAAAAACGUUGAUAAAUACGUCACACAAGGUAAAUUGCACGUACCCUACGCCUUGUGGGUACUUUACAAUGUCGUACCCGUCCUGAUCGGAGCCCUAUUAGUCGCCUAUGGGGAACCAAUCGCUUCCGGUUCUGGAAUACCGCAGGUUAAAUGUUACCUGAACGGCGUGAAAAUCCCCAGAGUGGUUAGAAUAAAGACUCUAAUAGUGAAAAGUUUAGGCGUGAUUUGCUCAGUCGUAGGCGGUUUGGCAGGAGGGAAGGAGGGGCCUAUGAUACAUUCGGGGGCCGUAGUGGCGGCGGGGAUUUCACAAGGAAAGAGCAGCACCUUCGGAAAGGAUUUCGGAGUGUUUGAGUUCUUCCGAGAGGACCACGAAAAGAGGGAUUUCGUUUCGGGCGGAGCCGCCGCCGGCGUGUCGGCCGCUUUCGGAGCGCCCGUCGGCGGCGUUUUAUUCAGCUUAGAAGAGGGUACCAGUUUCUGGAACCAGGGGCUCACCUGGCGCAUAUUCUUCGCCUCCGUGGUCUCCACGUUCACCUUAAACGCGGUACUUUCGGCCUACCACGGAGUGCCUGGCGAUUUGAACUACCCGGGUCUCUUGAAUCUCGGCAAAUUCGACAAUUUCGGCUACGAAUUCUUCGAAUUGCCCAUAUUCCUCAUUAUGGGCGCGCUCGGUGGAUUGUUCGGGGCCCUCUGGAAUCACGUCAAUUUCAAAAUAACGGUAUUUCGAAUGAGAUAUAUUACAUCGAGAUGGUUGAAAGUUAUGGAGGCCUGUAUGGUGGCCGGUGUGAGUGCUACGGUGGGAUUUUUAAUGAUGUUUUCGAUUAAUGACUGCAAACCGUUCGGUCAAGACCCCACUAGAUAUCCCACGCAGUUAUACUGUGAAGACGGACAAUACAACGUAUUAGCCAGUAUAUGGUUUCAAACGCCCGAAGAAUCGGUGAGAUCUCUUUUCCACGAUCCGCCCAACACCCACAACGCUCUAUCUUUGGCCUGUUUCGUUCUAAUCUACUUUUUUUUGGCUGCCUGGACGUUCGGAUUGGCCACAUCAAACGGGUUAUUUAUACCAACUCUACUUACCGGAGCAGCUUGGGGACGAUUGGUUUCCAUAGGGAUAUUCUACGUGUUCCCCAAUUCGUCGAUCGUCCAUCCGGGGAAGUACGCCCUAAUCGGGGCAGCCGCCCAAUUGGGCGGAGUCGUCAGGAUGACUAUCAGUUUAACGGUGAUUAUAAUGGAAACGACUGGGAAUAUAACAUUCGCUUUACCAUUAAUCGUAACGUUGAUAGCGGCCAAAUGGACGGGGGAUUUUUUCAACGAGGGUAUCUACGAUACAUUAAUACAAUUGUGGGGCAUACCGUUCUUGCAUUGGGAACCACCACCAUUGGUCCAUAAUAUUUACGCAAGCGAAGUGAUGUCACAUCCUGUGGUGACGUUGAAAUGCGUCGAAAACGUCGGUCAUAUCGUGGAAUUGUUGAAAUUGAGCACUUAUAAUGGCUUUCCCGUCGUCGAUCCGCCGCUGACCGAUCAGAGCGAAGUUACCACGUACGGUAGAAUAAGAGGUUUGAUUUUGAGGUCUCAGCUCAUCGUGAUACUGAAGAGGAAGAUUUUCAACGAAACAUCGGACGAUUGGGAUAACAUAGACGUGUCGAUUUUUCGAAACGAAUAUCCCAGAUAUCCCACCAUUGAAGAUUUGAGCAUAUCGGAUGAUGAAAAAACGUACUCUGUAGAUCUGAGGCCUUUUAUGAAUCCAUCUCCUUACACUGUAUUACAUUCUGCUUCGCUGCCGAGGAUGUUUCGGUUAUUUAGAGGCCUCGGUUUGAGACAUUUGCCCAUCGUUAACGAUUCUAACGAGGUGAUCGGAAUGGUGACGAGAAAGGAUUUGGCACGUUACCGGGUUUGGAGACAUCGCGGUCGAAUGGGCGUCGAAGAGCUGUUGAUUUCCAAAGAGAUUUGA